CGCAGGCACCGCCAGCGGGGCGCCCCCGCCGCCAUGUCCCCCCCGGCCUCGGCGGCCGCCGCCAGCGAGGGAGGCAGCAGCACGCCGGUGCCUCCGGAGGAGGAGGCGGAGGGGGCCAGAGAGGAGCAGCGGCCAGUGAAGCAGUCUCUCAGCAAAUCCCUGUGCCGAGAGUCCCACUGGAAAUGCCUGCUGCUGUCCCUCCUCAUGUAUGGCUGCAUGGGAGCCAUGACCUGGUGCCACGUCACCAAGGUGACCCGGCUGACCUUCGACAGCGCUUACAAGGGCAAGUCCAUGAUGUACCAUGACAGCCCCUGCUCCAACGGCUACGUCUACAUCCCCUUGGCUUUCCUGGUGAUGCUCUACGUGGUGUACCUGGUGGAGUGCUGGCACUGCUACACGCGCAACGAGCUGCAGUACAAGGUGGACGUGGAGAGCGUGCACGAGCGCGUGCAGCGCAUGCAGCAGGCGACCCCCUGCAUCUGGUGGAAGGCCAUCAGCUACCACUACGUGCGCAGGACCCGGCAGGUCACCCGCUACCGCAACGGGGACGCCUACACCACCACCCAGGUGUACCACGAGCGGGUCAACACCCACGUGGCAGAGGCCGAGUUUGAUUACUCCAACUGCGGGGUCAAGGACAUCUCCAAGGACCUCAUCGACCUGGAGAGCUACCCAGCCACGCGGCUCCGCUUCACCAAGUGUUUCAGCUUUGCCAACGUGGAGUCCGAGAACUCCUAUCUGACCCAGCGGGCCCGCUUCUUCACGGAGAACGAGGGCCUAGACGAUUACAUGGAGGCCAGGGAGGGGAUGCACCUCAAAAAUGUGGACUUCAAGGAAUACAUGGUGGCCUUUUCCGACCCAGACAACCUGCCUUGGUACGUAUCUCACUAUGUCUUCUGGGUGGCAGCUCUGCUGACCCUGUCCUGGCCCCUGCGGGUGCUAAAUGAGUACCGCACCUCCUACGUCCAUUACCACGUGGAAAAACUCUUUGGGUUCGAUUACGUGGCGGUGACGCCGGCCGAGGAGCGCUCCUUCUGCCGGAGGAUGCCCCGUGUCAACACGGUGGACAGCACGGAGCUGGAGUGGCACAUACGCUCCAACCAGCAGCUGGUGCCCAGCUACUCGGAAGCGGUGCUGAUGGACUUGGUGGGGCUCUCCGGCUGCACCAGCUACUCUGCCUGCCGCUACGGGGGCUACCGGCAGAACUGCGAGCGCUGCCACAGGACUAUAAGCAGCUCCUCCAUCUUCUCCCGCAGCGCUCUGAGCAUCUGCAACGGCAGCCCCAGGAUUCCCUUCAGCAGCAGCCGCUUCUCCCUGGGCCGCCUGUACGGCUCGCGCCGCAGCUGCCUCUGGCAGAGCCGGAGCGGCAGCCUCAACGAGCAGAGCUGCCCCACCGAGCAGACACGCCUCUCCAGCCAGGUGACUGUGGAGGAGGAAGACCCCCCUCCUUAUCAGGAUGCCCUCUACUUCCCCGUCCUCAUUGUACACCGCAACGAAGGCUGCCUGAACCACGACCACCGUCACCUCCAUCGCAAUGGGUCCUGUGUGGAGACCUCACUGUGAAAGCAGACGGCGGUGAGAUCUCGUUGUCCAUUGCCCGGCCCGAGCCGGCGCAGGAUUUGGGGAGAGGAGCACGAGGGGGAUAGCCCAGGAGGACAUCAGGAUGGAGUGGACAUGGCAUCCUGCUCCGGCAGCCAGCAAAAGCUUCCCCCGCUGUGGCUCUGACCUCCCCCAGGGGUGGAUGCUGAUGCUCCCCCUGACAUGGCACAGAACUCUCGACCGAUCACCACAUGCAAAAAAAAAAAAAACCCAGCCAAACCAACAGCAAAACCAUAAUUCAUGGUAUCAAGACCCAAAGGGGGGAAUAAAACGACAGGCCUGAUGCAGGGAGGGGGUGGCUUUGGCUCCCAGCCCCGGCUCCAGGCUGGCUCGUGCUCCAAGGAACCAGCAGCCACCAAAAAGCACCCUGCUGCACCCCUGCCCACCCUGCUUCUCACACUGGAGCGAGAGCCCCGACAGGGUGGAGGAGAGCAGGCCCCUGGAGCAGGGUGUCGCUGCCUGUGACAGAAGGUCAUGGGUGCCCAGGCACGUGGAGCUCAAUGGCAGGUUAGAGCAAAGGCUGAAAGCCACGAAUCCGCCUCUUCCCCUUCCCCCUGCCCGUUCCCCACCUUCUCCACUUUUUUUUUAGACCAUGCUGCGACUGUUAUUUUUUCUCACUGCUGGGAAUGGCAUUGCCUCCAGAGGAUCUCAUGCUCAGCUCCUGAGGAAGUUUCGGUGUGCCAGGUGUGAGUCAGCAUCCCCUUGGUAAAGGGUUUUCUGUUUGGGCAUGCAGCACCGGGGAAGGGAUGAAUGUGCAAAUCGAGAUGGAGCAGAGAUCUGCAGCACUACUGAUGUGUUUGCUGGAGGAGGGCUCAGCUGGAAAGAGAAAACGGGAGGCCCCUGGUGAGCUGGGGAAGGGGAAGAGGAUGGCACUGGAACAGACAUUGUGGUAUCAGGUGGCACAUCAAGUGGCUGGGGACCCUUCCUGGCUUUGAAGUGAGUCUUAAUUGGUUCAGCCAAGCAUCAAGGAAGUUUCUGGUAGGUUCAGCUGCAGUUCACCUAUUGAUAAUGGAGCAGCAGGUUGGUGCAAGUCUGCACAAGUGAAUUUUGCAUGAGAUCCAGCUGGGCUCUAGCUGUGGACUCUGAGCUGCAGGCUCCUGGAAGCCUCAUUUUGGCAGAGAGCUCUGGGGAUAGCAGGGACAAAUGCAAAAGCAUGCUGGAGCAUUGGGAACUUUGGCUGGGGAAAGGACGAUAAAAGGAUUCUGUUUCUGUGGUACCCCACUAUUGGUGCAGGAGGCACUGCCAACAGGGAUGUUCUGCAGAACAGAGGCUGGGGAUAUGUUAGAGGAAAACCUGAUUGAAGCGAAACAUUUUGCACAACAGGUUUUUGCAGGGAGGUGUCAGGCUGUCAGAAGUGAGGUGACUCUUCUGUUUAGCUCAUUAGCUACUGGGUUCUUCUGCCUUGCUCUUGUCAGGGCAGGUUGCUCUAGCUUUGUGCUGCCCCUUCUACCCUGCUGGAAAGGAUCUCAGUGACCUUGGGCAAAGAACCUUCGUGUCACUGAAGCUGCAACAGUGUUUGCAGCAUGCACACACCCAGCUUUUCCUCCUCCAGCAACACAUCCUCAGAUCUCUUGUGUCCUUGUUCUCAGAAAAGCUGCCUCCUUUUCAGUCAGCUCUUUGGGGAGUGCGUGCCAAAUCAGCCAGCAAUUUCUCCAGCACUAUUCCUCAGCUUCACCCUUCUUCCCUCAUCAGCUGUGGCAAACAAAAGCUAAGAGCAGCAUAUCUGGGGUGACAAGGGCAAGUCCAGUGGCACCUGGUCUUUGUGCUUGGUGUCUGCCUCCCCAUCUGUCACAGAACAGUGAGGCACUGUAUUUAGUCCAGCCAUCUUCCUCCUGCCAGCUAUUAAUGAGGGGUCUAUCUCUCUCAUCGUGCUGCUGUACUGCUUUGCCUCCCAGCUCUUGAGGAGGCUGCAAUGCACCCAUGUACCACACUGGUCCUAUUUUGAAAGUCAUCUCCUGCUGGCAAGCCUGGAGUGGUCAGUACCUGUGGGCAUUGUAGAGCUCCACUUUUCAUUUUCCCCAGAGCAGUCUGUUCUGCUCUUUAUGCCCUGCAUAUCCUGGUUAGUGUCUCUUGCCCUUCAAGUCAGCUUGUCCUCCUGGAUCUGGGGUGCUAAACUACAAACAACAGUGGUUUGAACAGGAAGUGUCUUAAAAUCUCACUGUGUUUAUGAUUCUGUCUUAGCCCUUACUUCUGCCCUUACUUUCACUACCAGAGCUAGAUGUUGGCUUAAAGAAGAGGGUCCCUUGGAGGACAGAGAAGAUUAAGGUCUCUGAUGUAGGCACAUCCCUCUCUGCACUUUGUUCUCAUUAUUUUUGGCAUAGAUUCAGACUGGGCGAAAGCAGCCCUGGGAUUUCCUUGCUUAGUAAUGACAUUUGGCUCGCUGUGCACUCGUGCUCCUCUCUCCAAGGGCCUAAUGUAAGCCAAGGCCAGUGUGGAGUGUUCUCCUGACUCCAGGGAGAUAAUGGUGUGUGCUUGUAUGUCCCAGGGAAUUGAGGCAGUGGAGCUGCAAUGGGUCAUUAGUGAGGAAUGAGGUCCCCGCUUGUCCUUCCUGACAUGUUCUCUUUGAAAUCUGCACUGUUGCUUAAAUUAGGCUGUAAUGGCUCAUCUCUCUAUCUCCAGCCUCCAAGGUGCCUUGGACAGAUGGAUUUAUCUCAGUUUUGGCAGGCCUUUUAUCUCCCCGGGGAAAAGACAUUCUUCACAACAGGAACAGAUUAGCAGGGUCUCUAUGCCCCCCAGAUUUUAGCACCUGCAGCAGAGUUUCAGGCACCUGUCCUUGGCUUUCUGGGGCUUUCCAUGAGAAUGCCUGGCCUUGUUCCUCUGGCCCCAUUUUUGCCUAUGGAAUAUUAUUCUGGAGGUGGUCUGUCCAGGUGGAUCUUUGAGGCACGGCUGCUGUUCUGACCCACAGGAUCCAUAGAGUCUUUUCUGUUGCUGAACACCUUCCCCAUGCACCUGGUGCCAGCUGCAGCCAGGUCCCAGUGCUUCUGUCUGUGGCUGGUCCAGACCCACAGUACCCCGAGGAGUGGGACCCCUCUAGUCAGUGUUCCCCACUGCAUGCCAGGAUUUCUCAGAGAUCCCAUCCCUCAUAUUCUUGGUGCUACCCACGUGCACCUGGUAGAACUGCUCCCCUGGUCCAUCCCAUUCCAUUUUCUCAAGGCUGAGGACUUGACUCAGGCUCAGGAAAGGGAGAUGGUGCACUUGGACAUGGUAGGGGAGCAGGACUGGGCAGCAGGGACAGGAGCUGCCUGGUGGCUUGACAGAGAAGUGGUGGAGCUGAAGAGGAGAAACUGAAACUAGGGCUCAUCCUGGCAUGUCUAGUCAGGCAGGAAAGUUCAGAGCAGAAAGCUGGGCUCUCCCUCCUGUCUCCUGGCAUGGGACACUACUCCUGGCAUGGGACCCUACCAGCAAAGAGGGUUUUCUCCUUAGCUGGUGAGAGAACACAGUGCCCUGGGCCAAGGGCAGCUGCUGUAAUUCUCCUAUGGCUCAGGCUACGAGCACAGAUACCCAGAGAUGGCCUGUCCCUGUUCUGGCACACAGCCUCUCCGUGGUGGAGUGGUCCCAUCUCCUGGCACAUGGACACCACCCACCACAGCUCUGGGCUGUGCAGCAGCCAGGUGCCUGCUCUUCCUGAGACGUGUCUCUGCUCUCUGCCGUCUCCACGUUGGUGAUGCCAGCUCCUCUGGCAGCUCAUUCGAGGGCCCAGUCUGCUCCUCUCAGGAUAGCCUUCUCCCUUACAUCUAACCCGAGUUCUCCCUGCUGUAGCUUAAUCCCAUUACUUCUCCUCCAUUGACUGGUGAGUCUAAUUGGCUCUGUUCCUUUUGCUCAUGGCCUUCCUGACACAAGCAGGCCUCUUAUCUGUAGCCUUUUCUUCACCAAGCCCAGAGUCUUGAUCUCACUUGCCAGGCCCUGGCUUGAGCGGUGGUGCAGAAGUUUUCACUGUGCAGUGAGUAUGUCACUCCUGCUCUGAGCCUGGCCCAGGCAGGAGGACCAAAGGUGCAGGCAAUGCCUUGGUCAAUGCCUGUCAGGGUGGCUGUGUCCACAUUCCUGGUGCAGAAGAUCUCUUUGAAUUGAGCAGAGCUCACAGAGCUGCUGGCUGCUUGCACAAGAAAAGCAGGACAGCACACAUCACCCUCUGGGAAGGUCAGAGCUGGGUGCUUGUCAGUAUGAUGGGGGCAAUAAUUAGGAGGAUCUCUGCAGUCAGAUGGCUUUGUUUUUUUCCAUGCAUCAUUCAAACAUUGCAGUUUUCCAUGGGCUGAGAGUCAGGCUCAGCAUUGCACUUAGCAGCAGACUUCCCUCAUAUACCAGAAGGAGGGAGGCAGGAAUGCUACCAGCUCCUCUUUGUGGCCCCUCAUGGUGCUAAUGCAACCCAGAAGAGGGAUAGUCCUUACUGCUGCAAGGCUGGACAAUUGGUGUGGGCUAUUUGGUGUUUCCCACUCUUCAAUAUACUUGUCAGGUACUUCAAAGCUCUCCAGCUUUUCUGAACUGAGAAAAAGAGAGAGAGAGAGAGAAGAAGUGUGUGAGAAGCUCUGGAUUACCUGAUCAUCAAGACAUAUCACCACCCAUUUAUCUAUCUUUCAACACAGUGGAAGCUUCCCAAAUAGUGCCUAGCACUUUGCUUGUGCAGAACCGGUUGAUGACACCAACUAGCCAAGUGGUGCUUCUUUGAGCCCUCUGUGUGUCCUGUCUCACUCCACACCAAGGAGGGAGGUGUCAGAGAGGGCUGUCAGGGUGAGCAGCUCUAGGGGCAUUCAUUAGUAUGGGGAGAGGGAAUCUGAGCCUAGGGCCAAGGCCAAGCCUUCCAUCCUGCUGUUCAUGUGUUGUCAAACAAAUGCACCCCCCUUCCUUUCUGCUCCCCAUAAAAUGCACUUUAGAAAUCCAUCUAGUCCCUGCCCUCUUUGUUGUCUCUUCACUCAAAAGGCUGCAGAGUUGUUUAAUAACUGGUGGAUGCCCAUGGGGUGAGAACUGCAGGAAAAUAUUUAUGAAGUGGAAGUUUAAGAAAGAUAGGUAGCAUCAAUGCCAGUAAAACAACACCUGCUGAUUAGCAGGUGGGACAAAUAAUCUCUUUUAAGCUCUCCUUCCAGCCUUUCCAACCAUGGCUUCAGUAGUGCUGUCUAAUGUCACCAGGGUGCUGCCUUUAGCAGGGCACAGACUGUGCUGCAGUGUGCUCCUGCUCUGCUGCAGUCGCUCUAGGGGCUCGGUCUGCAGUGCCACACCACCACCUGGAUGUUCUGUUACCAAAGCUCUGUGAGUCUCCAGGUGGGGUAUGUCCUUCUGAUCAUGUUUCAUUCACAUUCAGUGGUUAGAAUAAAGUCUGUGGGAACAUGAUCUGGAUCCAGGUAAUGUCACAAAUGAAAUGUAGUUCAAGUGAUAGCUCUAUCUGGUGCUGCUGCUUCCUGUGAUGCACUUGGGCCUACACUCUCCACUGAGCCAGGUAUGCAUGGGGACCGAAGGCUGGUUCAUAGUACCUGGGACCCCAGUGGGGACUUGGGGCUGAGCCUGCCUAGGGCUGUUUUCCCUGUGGGCAUUCUGGAAAAAAUGGAAAGGGGUCAUAGUCACACUUCAGGUAGAAAUUAAUGGGCUAUGUUCAUUCCUAGGGUAAUUUUACUGAAGCCAGUGGUACUAUACUAAUGUGAGGUUGGCUUAGCUGCUCCUCACAGGGGUCUGUCCCUGAGUCCUGAAAAAUUGAUCUGUCACAGUGUUGCUUUGCUGCAUAGAUUUUGUGUUGGGACUUGGCCAACAUGAAUGAAUGUUGAAUAUCUGUAGUUUCUACAAGCAGUGGGUUGAAUUGUUCUGCUCUACUGCCUCACAGCUGCUCUGCCAAGGGGAACAUUAUGGAUGUGAUCUCGUCAACUCCCUCAAAAGCAAGCUAACAAGCAAAUUGACCUCCACAGCACUGGGAGAGGAGCUUUCUCCCACAGGACCACAGCCUUUCUGCCUCUGAGCUCAAAGAGGUCCCAAGGACAGAACUGAACCUGCAAGACCCAUGGCCUCGUGGCCUGCCCUUCCUCCUUCCCUCCUUACCUCAUGUCUGUCUUGGGGGAGGGACAUUUCCCUGUGGAGUUCAACAGGCUCCUCUUCCUGCGGCUCGUGAACAGGCUCUACUAACAGGUAUAUCAUCCACCUAUGCAACUCUUCCAGAAGCUGCCAGAUUUUCAGGAGCCCAUUACAGUGUGCAGCAUGGCCAUCCAGCACUGAGAAUAAGCACAGUGGCUGCUGGAAAGCUAAGUGGGUUUUAUUCCUCCCCCAUUCCCCAGGAAGACUCUUUUUGUUGGGCCAUUUUGUUUGUUCGUUUGUUUGUUUGGUUUAUGUAAACUUCAUUUGGGGGAAAUGAAGCUCGUGAGAAAUUGGUGCCCAUCCUGAACCCUCCCCAGUCCUUUGAACUCUGUGAAUGGAUGGAUCACCUACUGUGAUUAUAAUUAGUGGAUUUUGUAGAACAAAAUAACUUCACACACAGACACAUGAGGUUCUUUCACUCUCCAUCAGCACAAGCUGCUUCUGCAAUCUUAGCUACUCACAUUAGUGAAAGAAAAAGCCUAGCUAGAAUGUGGUGAGAUGACGUAGUGCUUUGUACCAGUCCCAUGGUCCCAACGUCCAUUAGCAGCGCCGUCAGCUGCCGUGACAUGAAUUCAGACUUUGGAUGGCAGCCCAUGAACCAGUCAGGGUGAAAAUUUGGAAAAUCCCAAGCCUGAGUCUAUGCACAUUUCCAGAAGCAGAUGCAGGGGGAGGAUCAGCUGAACACAGGCAUCCCCUCCUGCUCAGCCCCGGCAGGAGCUGGUGGGCUCUGUUUGUGCUGCACCUGCCCCAGGAAGAGCCUGUCCCCAGGGGCUGAGCCGAGGGGAGUGAGAGCAGCAGUGUGUCUGAUGGAGCAGCACUGCUCAGCUCGCUGGGGAAACAGCAGUGACAGCCAGACCCCAAAAUAACAGGAUUUCACUUUGGGAAUGCCAAUGGCUUUUUCAAACUGAAAUGCCACAGGAAGGCCUUAACAGCUGUUAGAAGUGUUUCACAUUGCUGUUCCUUGCUUAAGAAAAAAAAAAAAAAAAAGAUUUUUGGUGAUGAUGUGGGUUUACACUCUCCACUCCUUCCAUCUCUGUUAGUAAAUGUGCCAUGCUGGUGGAGAAGGAAUGCCCAAAGCAGAUCAGGAUGGUGGCUUUGCAGUGGGGUUGAUCAGGAACAGAGGCCAGAGUUUAAAAUCUUUCUCUGCCCCUGGAGGUGUGAUGUGGCUAUCCACCCAGAUGUGGCAGGGUGGGGUUCUGCAUGCUCCUGCACAGCUGGGAUCUGUGGCCCUGCAGAGGGUUGAUAUGUUUAUGGCUUUGUGGUGACACCCAUCCACCCUUGCAGCAAGGGCUUUUCAGGGUGACAGAGCAUUGCUUGUUCUUUGUGAGAGGAAACUCCUGACCUGAUUUCUGUGAGGAGAUGGUGUGAAGUGUCACAUUUGCUGCAGAGAGUGGCAGGGAGCGGGGAUAAAAGCAUGGAGCAAGCUGUGUUUGAGAACAAGGUAAUCCAUUGCUGGCUGUCUGAAACUGGUGAGCUGCCGGAUCUGCUCCCUGGACAACGCUUUCCAGCUCUUCUCACCCUGCCCAAACCUGAUGUGCAAACUGUCAUUCUUCUGAGCUAACCAAAGCACUCCCCUCCCCUGAACUCCUCUGAGGCUGUGCAUUCCCAUCAUUUUGGUCCUUCCCUGCUGAGUCCCAUGGAAUGCCAGCAGAUGCAUGAUGACCACAGGCAUGCUGGUGGCCAGACCUCACCAUCCCUGCCUGCGCACAGCCUUCCAGCAGCGCUCCCUGCCCUGGCGUGCCCACUGCUUGCUUGCUGCAGAGCAACCGCAGCACAUCCUGCCAUCACUUGGUGCUUUCCCAGAG